AUGUUUAAAAUUUUAAGAUUAUGCAUGCAGUUAAAUCCUGCUUCAUUAGGACGGUUUCAGAAUACAGGAAAUUUUAGAUCUUUUGGAAGUAUUACUAGUUUUUUAUCUAAGAAUGAAAGGCCUGGAGAUCUCCCUAAACACUGUGAUGUUCUUAUUAUUGGCGGAGGUUGUAUGGGAAGUUCCAUUGCUUAUUGGUUGAAACAGCGGGCAUUAGAAGGCCUCAGAGUAGUUGUAGUCGAGAAAGAUCCCACGGUAAUGCUUUCUAAUGAUAUAGUUGAAAAAGUUAAGUACCAACAAUGUACAACUGUAUUAUCUGUUGGAGGGUUGAGGCAACAAUUUUCGUUAAAGGAAAAUAUUGAACUAUCUCUCAAUUCAGCUGACUUUUUGAGAAACAUUAAACAUCAUCUUAAAGUUGAAGGGCAAGACCCACCUGAUAUUCAGUUUCAGCCAAGUGGUUAUGUUUUUUUGGCAACUGAGAAAAGUGCUAACAUCCUUGAAAAUAAUGUAAAAUUACAAAGGUCUUUAGGUGCAAAGGUAGAACUCCUUUCUCCUGAGGAAUUAAAGCAGAAGUUUCCUUGGUUGAAUGUUGAGAAUAUCGCCCUGGGCUCUCAUGGUCUAGAAAAUGAAGGCUGGUUUGAUCCUUAUUCAUUGUUAUUUGCUUUUAAAAACAAGGCUGUUAAUCUAGGAGUGAACUAUCUAUCUGGAGAAGUAACAAAUUUUCUAUUUCCUAAAAAUGAUUUAAAUAAUGAAAAAAAUAGCUGUACGCAGAUCAAUGGUGCAAGUAUAAAAUUGAAAGAUGGCAGUGAACAUACAAUUAACUUUGCCGUAGUUGUAAUUGCUGCUGGAGGGUGUUCUGGUGACGUAGCCAAAUUGGCAGGCAUUGGCCUUGGGACAGAUGAACUGGCUGUUCCUCUUCCUGUUGAACCGAGAAAACGUUAUGUUUUCAAUAUACAUUGCCCAGAAGGUCCUGGAAUUCGCAGUCCUAUGAUAAUUGACCCUAGUGGAGCUUACUUCAGGAGAGAAGGACUAAGUGGACAUUAUCUGUGUGGGAUUUCUCCGCCUGAUGAAGAAGAACCAUUAAUUGACAACCUAGAUGUAGAUUAUAGUUUUUUCGAAGAAAAGCUAUGGCCAAUAAUAGCAAACCGUUGCCCUUCUUUCGAAAACGCUAAAGUGAAAUCAGCAUGGGCUGGAUUUUAUGAUUUCAAUAGAUUUGAUGAAAAUGCCAUUAUAGGACUCCAUCCAGCUUUUAUAAAUGUCUACUUUGCAACUGGAUUUAGCGGCCACGGUAUACAACAAUCUCCAGCGAUAGGAAGAGCAAUUAUGGAACUGAUAAUUGAUGGUGGAUAUAUGACAAUUGAUCUAGAGAGGCUCGGCUUCCAGAGGUUGAUAACAAACGAACAUCUCUUUGAAAGCAACAUUGUAUAA